AUGCAGAAGAUGAGCCUCUUCUCCCCCCUGCUCCUCGUGUGCCUGGAUGUGUGCGUGGUGCACGCCGUCCGCGCGGCCCAGCUCUCGGCCCUCCUCCUCCCCCAUCCGUUCCUCUGCCUGUGGGGGGCCGGCUCGGCCAGGGCCGCCAUGCUGGCCCUCUUCGCGCACACCUCCCCAGGGAGGCUGCCGUGGAUGAGCAGCUUCGAGGGGCUCCAGAGCCUGGCGGUGCUCUGCUUCCACUUCCCGCUGUACACCACCCUCCUGUGGGCUGCGGGGAUGCCCGCCACGGAGGAGCUGUGGGGGUGGCACUCCUGGGAACGGGUGCUGCAGGGUUACGGGGUGGUGGCCGUGGCGUGGAUCUACUGGAGCCGACACCUGUCGUCUCUCUUGCCCUCCCGCGGUCGACGCGCGGCGCCCUCCGAGGAGCCCAGAGACGGCGCUGGAGCGCCUCUGAAGCGGCUGAUGGAAUACAUGCUGCCGUAUCUCUGGCGCUUUGUCUCCGUGCUGAUCCUCGUGUUUCUUUCUUCUUCCGGUGAGAUGGCCAUUCCUCAUUUCACCGGUCGAGUGGCUGACUGGAUCACAAACGAAGAAGCGCCAGAUGCCUUCACACAGGCCAUCAGCAUCAUGACGCUGAUGACUGUUGCCAGCGCUGUGCUCGAGUUCGUAUGCGACCUCAUGUACUACGUCACCAUGAGCCGCAUCCACACCUCGGUGCAGGGAGCCGUCUUCCAGGCUGUGCUGAAGCAGGAGAUCGCUUUCUUCACUCAGACCGGUGAACUGGUGUCCCGUGUUACCACGGAUACCAACGACAUGAGCGAGGCGCUGAGCGAGAAACUGAGUCUCGUCAUGUGGUACACGGCACGAUUUGUUUUCCUCUUGUCCUUCAUGGUGAUGCAGUCUUGGAAAAUGACCCUGCUCACGUGCAUGGGGCUUCCCAUCAUCUGGGUGAUACCUAAGCUCACGGGGAGCUUCCAGAAGGUCAUUGCUGUAAAGGUUCAGGAGUCCCUGGCCAAGGCCAACCAGGUGGCCACGGAGACGUUCUCCUACAUGAAGACUGUGAGGUGUUUUGCCAACGAGGAUGGAGAGACGGAGAGGUACAGGCGGCGGAUGGACGACACGUACGCUCUGAACAAGAAGGAGGCGGUGGCUUAUGCGGCCUCCACCUGGGCAAACAGCAUGACCACCAUGGCCCUGAAGGUGUUCAUUCUGUACUACGGAGGAACUCUGGUGACCAGAGGCGACGUCAGCAGUGGCGACUUAGUGUCAUUCGUCCUCUAUGAGCUGCAGUUUGCCUCUGCCGUGGAGGCCGUCAUGCGUUAUUACCCGGAGGUGAAGAAAGCAAUCGGUGCCUCUGAGAAGAUCUUCGAAUAUUUGGAACGCAAACCUAAAAUACCCCCAAAUGGCUCUCUGGCCCCCGAAAACCUCGAGGGACACAUUCAAUUCAAGAAGGUGUCCUUUUCUUAUCCCGCCAACUCAGACAACAGCAAACUUGUGCUGAAGGACGUGUCCCUGGACAUAAAGCCGGGCCAAGUCACGGCCCUUUUAGGACUUAACAGCUCAGGGAAGUCCACGUGUGUCAGACUGCUGGAGAGGUUUUAUCAGCCGCUGGCUGGUGAGAUCCUGCUGGAUGGGGAACCCCUGCAAAGCUACAAAGACCAGUACCUGCAUGACAAGGUCGCUGUGGUGAGCCAAGACUGUGUGCUGUUUGCCCGCUCUGUGCGGGAGAACAUCAAGUACGGCUGCGAGGAGGCCUCCGACGAGGACAUGCACACCGCCGCCAAGCUGGCGAGCGCUCACGAGUUCAUCAUGGAGCGGGCGGGCGGCUACGACACAGACGCUGGGGAGAAGGUGUCCGGAGGCCAGAAGCAACGCAUUGCCAUUGCCAGAGCUUUAAUCCGACGUCCCAAAAUCCUGAUCCUUGACAACGCCACCAGUGACUUGGACACGGAGAAUGAAUAUCAGGUCUACCAAGCUUUGUUAAACCAAGCCAACGACCGCACCGUGCUGCUGGUGUCCAGCAAGGUGAGUGUUGGGGAAAAGGCCGACCAUAUCGUUGUCCUCGGCAACGGGACGGUUCAGGAGGAGGGAAGCCACGAGGAGCUGAUGCAGAAAGGCGGCGUUUAUGCUGAACUGGUGGAAAAGCAGAAAAUGGGCUUUCACCGCCAAGAAGAGGAGACGAAUGAUGCACACUGAUGCAGAGAAGCAGUCGCGUUACAAGAAGGUUGCUAGGAUAAAGUCCAAACGAGGAUCCCAGUUUCUAAUUUUGUCACUCUCUGUGAUUGGGUUUGACCCUCCUGCUCCAAUACUUUACACACUUUGCAAAACAUAGCUGUAGAAUUCAGUCAGGUAGAUUAUAGAUGUUUUAUUUUUGCAAUAUUUAAGGUGAGGGCUUAUUUAUUUUGUAUUUCCUAAACUGCACUGCAACUUUUAUUAAAUUUUUAGCUUAUUUAUUGUUUUGAUGUCUGUUUUUAAGGUUUUGAUUAAUGAUUUUAAUUAUUUUCAAGCAUCCUUUUCUUUUGCCUUAUGUUUGAUGCCUUUUAAUGAAUUUAUGUGAAUCACUUUGAAUUGCCUUGUUAAAAUGUGCUAUAAAAAAUAAACCUUGCAUUCCUUGUCUUGCCUUCUAAAUAA